AUGGCGACCGUCGACUCCCUCCUCUUCAACAUCUCCUCCUUCAUCGCCGGCCUAUUCCUCCUCGAAUAUGGCGCCGACAAGUUCAUCGACCACACGGCCAUUGUCGCCAAGAGACUCAAUGUCUCGCCCACUCUCGUCGGACUCUUGACCUGCGGCGCCGAAUGGGAAGAGCUCGUCGUUAUCAUCGUCGCUCUGAGCCAAAAGAACUCGAAUAUGGCCCUGGGCAACUUGAUCGGCUCAUCCGUCGCCAAUAUCCUCGCAUCCUUCUCGCUGGGAUUGCUGUUCAUGAAAAAGGCCGAGUUUGACCGCAGUUCCAAGAUUUACUCGGCUGCCCUUCUCGGUCUGACGACAGUCUUUCUGCUGCUGCUCAUUGCGCUCAAGGGGUCGACUUUCCAAUGGUUUGGUGGUAUUCUUCUUAUCGCAGCGUUCGUGGUCUAUGUUAUCUCCGUGGCGUCUCUCAUCUACCGAGGCAUGCUCACGGCACCCGAAAACUCUGAUAGCGACAGCGACAGCGACAGCACUGAUGACGAUCGCAAUAUUGAGAGCGACGACGAUGACGACCGAACCAUCAACGCCGACGACAGCGACACGGAGCGCCCCAGCGACGAAGAACAAGGAUGGACUUCCGACAAGGGCCAUCAACUCAACCUGCUGAAGCCCUCAUCGAACAAAGUUGCAAAGGCGAAGAAGAAGUCCAAGGCCAUCAAGGUCAUAAAUAAGCGCCCCAAGACAAUGCGCCAUCAUGUCUUCCAACUCGCCCUCGGUCUCGCUGCCCUGCUCGUCUCUAGCUACAUCAUAGCACACAGCGCAUCGACUAUCGGUCACGAGCUGGCCCUAUCCGGCACUGUCGUUGGCACCACAAUUCUGUCCCUGGCCACCACGCUCCCAGAGAAGUUCGUCGCCAUUCUCGGAGGUGCACGACACCAACCAGGCAUUAUGGUUGCCAAUACUGUCGGCUCCAAUAUCUUUCUGGUCACCCUUUGCGGGGGCGUGUUGUUUAUCUGGGGAGAUGCCAGCCAGCUGCAGUUUGGGUUUACGCUCUUUGAGGCUACCGUGAUGUGGCUAUCGGCUGUGGUUAUCUUUGGCAUUGUGAUGAUGGGUGGUAGACGGUGGAUGGGCGUCGCCAUGCUCGUUGGCUAUGUUGGGUUCUUGGUCGUGGAGAUCAUGAAUGGCCGCGAGCUUGAUGAGGACUGA